AUGUGCAUCGUUCUGCUAACGACUGCGCACCCAAAAUACGCGCUCAUUGUUAUUGACAAUCGAGAUGAAUACAUCCUUCGGCCAACUAGCAAACCUCACUGGUGGACAGCACUGUCAGAAUCGCCCUCUACCGACAAGCAUGAGUACGACUGCCGAAAAGUCGAGGUCAUUUCCAGCCGGGAUUUGGCACGAGCUGAGCAUGGAACAUGGCUCGGCAUGACCAAGGGCGGCCACAUCGCUGUGCUUACGAACUACCGCGAAACCGACACUCACGACUCUGCACAUCCCAUAGCGGGAAAGCGUAGCCGUGGAGGUAUGGUGACCGCCUGGCUAGCGGCGCAUCCCGAUGAGCCGGUGCAGGACUUUGUCAGCCGGAUGGUUGGGAGCGGCGAGGCCAAGGAUAUUGGCGGGUUCUCCCUCGUUUGCGGCAAGCUUCGAAAGAAGAAAGCCGAGAAGGCCAUCGAGCCCCUGGCCAUCAUCUCCAACAGAGCCGAUCAUAUCGAUAGAGUGCCAUGGAUCUGCGGAGACCGGGACCGCACAUACGGUCUCAGCAAUGCCAUCUUCCUUGACCCAAGCGAGGAGGUUGACGAGUCAACCUGGCCCAAGGUCCGGGACGGAAGGGAAAAGCUGAAGCAAGUCAUCGAAGCUACCUCAAGUGACGACGUCAGUGAGGAUGUGCUAGUAGAAGAACUCUACAAGGUCCUGGAUACCACCAACUUCCCUGUGGACCGCUGUAUCGAUCUCGAGGAGGGCAUUCCGCUGCUCAAGAAUUCCAUCUUUAUCCCCGCUUUUGGCGGCAAGCAGCAUCAAGCGGAGAUGGAGGCAGCCCGUCAACGGGGGACAAUCAAGGAAAAGGGUCCUCACGACUGUGCUUCAGAGGUAUUGACAACGGUCAACCGCCCAGACAACCAACCGUACGGCUUCCAAACUGGUCUCUACGGCACGCAGCGGCAGACCAUCAUCCUCGUGGAUUGGGAUGGAAAUGUCACGUACAGGGAACGCGCAUUGUUCGAUGCCCAUGGCAACCCUAUCCCUCGAGGCGCCGGGGACGAAACGUUCAAAUUCAAGAUUGAAGGGUGGGAAGAAGCAGCGGAUGGCGAGCCAGAGAUCAGGAGUUAGGCGCAAGCGUUUGUUAUAGUCCAAUAUCCAGGAGGGGAAGUUUCUAUCAGCAAUGAGGGGUGGUGUUUCUUUCGAUAUCAUGGUCACUGGAUUUGAAUAGCGAUCGUUCAGUUGCAUUAUGGUUGGAAGAAUUGGAUUUCGUGUUACUCUG